GUUUCCUGACCUUGACUUCCCAUUUUGGGUAGGCGGGCUUUUGGAUUACGACCUGUAGAUUGAUGCCGUGUCUUUCGAAAUCUGUUGUAAUACGGCAUGCGAACGUACAGUUCGUUGUAUGGCCUCGUGUAAUACAAAUGGGCUUCUGAAGUAUUAUGCAGAUGUCAUUCUAAAUGGGGAUAAUCUUAUUUCACUUACUCAACCCCACAAUAGUUUUGAUAACAACGAUUCUACUGAAAGAAAAUAUACUAAUAUAAUGGCUCCUCGGACAGAUCCUUCCUUUGUUUCAAUGCCCGUGCAAGUAAACGGUACUUCCGAUGCUAUUAAAAACGAUAGUACAAUGGGAAAUGAGGCUGAACAGUCUGUUUCUUCUGAACAGGUUUCAUGUGAUAAAUCACAGAGUUGUCUUGCUACCGACAAUGAGACAUUAAUUCCAAGCUCACAAUCUGAUCAUAUUUCCACAAAGCUUCAAAAUCAAACUGUUUGCGACAAAUUAAUUGAUUAUGAGAGAACUCUUCAAAAUCAUUCUUUGCUCACACAACGUUUAUCUGUCUGUUCUCAGCGUUUAUUUCAUAAUCGCACUAGAGCCCUCAGUUUAUUAACACGGUUGCUCGCCUGCAACUCUUCUGUAUCACAAGAUGAAUUACUCUCCAGCGAUUCUUUGCCUAGCAUUAUAUCACCAAACUUGACGUAUGAAGAUACAGAAAGUAGUACCGACGACGAAGCUGAAAUGAAGAAGGCUUUGUCCAGCUCUAAACAGUCUUGGUUAUACACUCGUUCCGUAACGCAUUCAAACUGGCAUUGGUUAUGUACAGAAAUAAAACAUGCUGAAAAAUGUUUGCAAAAUCUUUAUAUGUUAAAAAAUAACUCUGAUCAGGAAAAGUUAUCUCAGUAUCAAAGUAAUAGUAAUAACAUUGAAAAUGAUGCAGAAGUUAGCUGUUCUCGUACAUCUCCAUACAUAAAUACCAAACGGAAACGACAUACUUAUCACAAUCUCUCAUCACCUAAAUGCGCUAGUGUGAUACAGGAACUACGCAAACAUUCACUUAGUGAUCCUCACAUUAAAUGCUCUUGCAUUCCCCCAUUUAUUGGACCAUGCAUCUUAUGCUGUGGAUCUGAACCAAGUACUAGUCACACGGAGUUGGCAAAUAAAUCAGAUGAACGUGAUUUACUUAUGUCAGCCCACUCGUUAUGUAGUCAUAUUCAUCCUAAAUUGUCAAUUCCAGGAGAUGUCCAACUAGGUCUUCGUUUAGAAUCCCGUCUCGCUGCAUACUCAUCAGUUCAUUUCCGACCCCAUAAAGCCACUGUGCAUCGUGUUCAACCGUGGGACAAACCAAAUUGCCUUCAGCCAUUGGAGCCUAUUAAUCGCCAUACACCUAAUACAUCUAAGCUUAGCACUCAAUCCAAUCAACCAACAGUAAAACCACCAAAAUGUCCGCCGUCACAGACAAGAAAUUCUCAUUUACGCAAACGCAGAUUACUGUCGUCCAAAAACUCACGUGCUUAUCCUUUAUCAUCAGCACAUUCAGUGACGUUACCUCCUAAAACUCCAAGAUCUGUACAGAGCUCCAACAAUAACAGUAAUAAUAAUAAAACUGAAGAGCAAUAAAUCAAGAUAAAUCUCAAUUACAUUAUGUAAUCCUCGAAAUAUUUGUGCUUUUUCUGUCCAUUAUAUGUGUAUUGUAUAUGCUUGUGACAUAGAUUAUUAGAUUUCCUUUAUAUAUAUAUUCUCAUACCUGUGUAACCUUUCUUUUUUAUUAUUACUAUUAUCCGGUAAACAAUUAUUUAUUAUGUGUUUACAUCUGCAUGUAUGCAUGUAUUAUUAUUAUUAUUAUUAUUAUUACUAUUACAUAUUUAUAUACAUAAGUAUAUAUUAUGGUGAACUUGUAUUAAACGCAUUUAUUAUAUCUAGUCCUUCACUGUAAUUUUCAACAGUAAAUUAUCUUCAUGAUGGGGAAGGGUUUGGUACACUUUUCAUUCCUUAAUCUCUAGAAGAGACCAACUAAAAUUCACUGUUGUGUCUGUUCGCUUUAUAAAUCAGAUAAAAAUGACAAAAUAUUAACAAAUCUUUCAUAUUUCUUACUAUAAUCAUUAUUAUUAUUAUUGGUAUUAGUAGUAGUAUCCUUCUAUCACAUCACAAAAGACCAUUUUUAUCUUAUUUCUAUUUACGGAUUAAUGAAUUUUUGUAUCAUGUUCUUCUCAUUCUCUUUUUUCAAAUACGAAAAUUGUAUUAAUCUGAACUGUUUUAUAUUUGCAAUAGUGAGGAUAACAUACAUUUUUUUCGGUUUAUAAAGAAAGUAUGUUAAUCGCUUCCUGUUGUUGUUGUUGAUGUUGGUGUUGUUGCUGUUUUUCUUUAGAAAGAAAAACUCUAUUGUUAAUUAUAUUUUUCCUCUUCCUUCAACCAUUUUUCAUCGUUUUAUUAUUGUAUAACAACAGAGGUUUGUAUAUUUUUCUUUCUUUUUUAUUAAAAAAAUUGUAUAUUCUUAUUCAAUAAUCUAAUCAGUGC